AUGUCAAGAGUACUGAGGACAAGAACUCGGUCCCAUGACACUACAGUUAAAGCAGAACCAUCAACAAUAUCAACGACAACUCCAGAACCACAACCACAACCUACAAGAAAUCGCAGAAAACGUAAACAAGAAUCAGAUGAAGAGGUAUCAGAUAUAAAUGAUGACGACGAUGAAUUGACUGUGUCCAAGAACGUUGAAGGCAGACCCUUUGAGAUCAUUGAUUUCUUGCCAGCCUCCAUCGACCCACCAAACUAUAACUCUGCAUUGACGCAUCCAUUGUCCGUGAAGGACUCAGCUGUGUUGUAUAAUUCAUUAAUUCAAUCUCGUAAGACGUGGUUGAAAGGUGAGAUGUUCGAGUUAUACUGGAUACGGCCGCAGAGAGAUCCCAAUCAUCCAAACCCUGUUGCAAAUGCUGGUAUAAGAGACAGAAUGCAAAAGAUGUGUGAUUGCACAAUGGUUGCAGGUCCACAUAAAUUUGAUAUAAGAUUAUUUAUCUUGAAAGAUGAAGAGCUUGAAGCUAAAUGGCAAGAUGAGCAAGAUCAAGUUAAGAAAGAAAGAGAAGAAAAGAAAGUUGAAGCAAUUGAGGAAAAGAAAAAACGUAUAGAAAAUAGGAAACAACAAGCUUUGUUAAGAAAAGAGGAGAAGGAACAACGAUCUUUGCAGUUGAAAGAGGACCGUCUAAAGGCUAAACAGGAACAGGAGUUAAUGAGAAUACGAUUGAAGGAAGAAAAACAAAGAAAGAAAGAAGAAGAACGUUUAUUAAAAAAACAAGAGAAAGAAAGAAAGGCCAAAGAAAAGCAAGAAUUGGCAAGAGAAAAACAAGAAUUAGCGAAAGAGAAGAAGAAAGCCAAAGCUACUUUAAAGGCCAAUUUAAAAGCUAGUUCGAAAGCCAAUGCAAAGACUAACAUAACUUCAAAAAAGAAAAAGAGUUCUAACCCAGUCAGUUCAAAUAUGAUUUCUAACUUAAACCGUAUGGCCCAAAGUGAUCCUGCAUUAAAUAGACUUAUGAAUAGAGUCGCCAAGAAUGAAGCCACAGAAGAAGAAGUUAAAAAAUUUAAAGAAAUUAUGGAAAUUGCAGAAAAGAUGGGUGCACCUUCAGCUUCUCCACCAUCUUCUAAGAAAAACAAAUCACAAGAUACUAAAGCAAAUAUGCCAAUUGUCCCAAUGAAGAACAAAGGUUCACAGGAUAGUUCACCAGAUAACAAUGAAGAAAAUCUAAAAGAAAAAACACAAAAAAUUGAAGUUCACAAGGACCAGAAGGGUCAAGAAGCCCAAAAGGGUCAAGAAGACCAAAAGGAUCAAGAAGACCAAAAGGAUCAGAAAGAUGAAAGGAAUGAAGAAUCAAAAUUUGGAACGUUGAAGGUGGUUAUGGAGUCGAAACAAUUAAACAAGGAUAGAUCAAAAGAAAAUGUACAUUCAAACGUACAGCUGGAUAAAGAUGAAAAGAAGGAAGAUGAGUCAACGAAGGAACAAAUAUCAGUGGGAAACAAUGAUUCGAUAAUGGACAACAAAGAAACAAAUGAAAAAAUAUCACCAUCACCUACAAAUUCAGAACAAAAGACGAUUGAACACAAAUCUGAAGAUAUACCCAAGAACUCUAAUGAAAAGUCAAAUGCACCAGACCUUGUGUCUAAUGCUGAUACAAAAGAUAAAUCAAUGGCUCAUGUAAAUAAUGAACAAGAAAGUACCGAAAUAAAAAGGGAAAAGAACGAUUCAGAUGUAAAUAACCCUCCUAAGAAAAGAAGGAACUCAAAGAGGGAUAGUAUUGCUGAAAACGUAGUUGAAGAGCAAAAAUUAACGGCAUUUCAACAAAAAUAUGUUGAUGAUGCGCAUUUAGUAUUAGAGUAUGUCGAAUUUACAAACUUCAGGUAUCGUUUACCUAACGAAUGUAUAAUCGAAUUUGAUGAAAAUGAAGGAAGGUUUAUUAUAUCGUGGAUUGUAAUACACAAUCUCAAAGAUAUUUCCAAGUUUUCAAAGAAGAAAAAAUUAAAAACUGUCAACGAGGCAUUGUUCUUAGAUGGUUGUCCAAUUCCAUUGUUUAGUACGAUGGACAUAUCUUUGUAUGACAUUCCUACCAGAUUUGAGCCGAUUGUUAAAAAUAGUGUUAAGUCUGUUGAAAAAGUAUACAAAGUGAUGGAACGAAUAAUAGAAAUAGGGACAAGAUUAUCGGGAUAUAAUUUAUGGUAUCAAUUGGAUGGAUAUGACGAUAUGGAAAGAGCCGAAGAUUUAAGAAUUGAUCUAAACGAUUAUGAACAUUCUUUAAGAGGUAAAAGACAAAAAAAGAAUAUGUAA